AUGCGGUAAGAUUCGCGAUAAUGGGAGGCUCAAGAAAGAAGAACAAGUCCACCAAUGUUCAAGCCCCCACGAUAGGGGCCCGGUCCAAGGGAAAGAAGAAGAAUCUGCCUUUCCCUGCGUAUUAUUAUACUGUCCCUUUAUUGGUGGCAGCUUUGGCUUUGUGUAUUGCCCUGAUUUACGCCAAGAUGACUCAGUCACAUGAUCAGACUCAGAAACGAGAUGGGCCUCUGAACAACCUAGGUGGCAUGCCCCUUGGUAGACCGCUUCAGUUGCCACAAACUGACCAACAGAAGGCAGUGGUUGAGGCCUUCCAACAUGCAUGGAAGGCGUACAAGGAACACGCGUGGGGAAAAGACGAACUGAAGCCAAUCUCCAAAGAGAGCAACGAGUGGUUUGAUCUGGGGCUAACGCUAGUUGAUUCCCUGGACACCAUGUGGCUGAUGGGCCUGUCAGACGAGUUUGACGAGGCCCGAAACUGGGUCCAGCAAGAAAUGGUCGUUGGUGUUGACAAGGACGUUAACCUGUUUGAGACGACGAUACGGGUUUUGGGUGGGUUGUUGAGCACAUACCAUUUGACUCAGGACCAGCUCUUCCUUGAUAGAGCCAAAGAGUUGGGAGACAGAUUGCUGCCGUGUUUCAAAAGCCCGUCAAAGGUCCCAUUCUCAGACAUCAAUCUCAAGAGUGGUAAUUCCCACGCACCGGAAUGGGGUCCAGACAGCUCAGUGUCUGAGAUCAGUACCAUUCAGCUCGAGUUCAGGGACCUCUCCAUGCUCACUGGCGACACUAAAUAUCAGAUUGCUGUGGACAGGGUGAUGGAAAAACUGCAGUCGCUACCAAAGAAAGAUCACUUGGUUCCUCUCUUCAUCAAUGCUGAGACGGGAAAACUGAGGCCGGGCACGCUCACACUCGGUGCUAGAGCAGACACCUACUACGAGUAUCUCUUCAAACAGUGGAUCCAGUGUAGCAAGACAGAGCAAAGGUUCAGGCAGUGGUUUCUGGACUCAAUGUCUGGAGUCAAGAAAAGGCUCCUGAGGCACUCGAAACCGUCUAACCUCACCUUUAUUGGUGAAGAGCUGGAGAGGGGGGAAUUCUACCCUAAGAUGGAUCAUUUAGUGUGUUACCUCCCAGGCACAUUGGCUCUGGGAGUUCACAACGGUCUGCCAGCCAAGUACAUGGCCAUUGCCAAGAACUUAAUAUACACGUGCUAUCGUAUGUACAAAGACAUGCCGACGAAACUAAGCCCAGAAAUUGUGCACUUCAAUACGGAGCCCGGAGCUGCCGAAGACCUCUAUGUGAAGCCUUUGGACCGGCACAAUCUUCUGCGUCCUGAAACCGUUGAAUCUCUAUUCUACCUGUACCGACUCACAAACAACACAAAGUACCAGAAAUGGGGCUGGAACAUUCUACAGGCAUUCAACAAGUACACGAGACUCGAAGGUGGCGGUUACUCUUCCAUAAAUGACGUGACAAAUACCACCCACCCAGACUACCGAGACAAGAUGGAGAGUUUCUUUUUGGGCGAGACGCUGAAAUACCUAUUUCUUCUCUUUUCCGACGAUCACAGCGUCAUUUCUCUGGAUCACUGGGUCAUUAACACAGAGGCCCACCCUCUGCCUAUAUGGGGCAGCUACUAUUGGAAAUGAGUCUAGUCUGACGAUACUAUUCACUAUGUGGUCAGGUUUUCUAACCUAUAGCUUUAGUAGCUCACUCGUAAAAUACCAAUCUGGAAUGAUCGUGCAUAAAUCACACUCUGUGCAUAUCGUGUUUCACAGCUUUUCUCUUCAUGAUAAUUAGCAGUUAGUCACUUUGUCAACAAAACCAGUUAACAGAGGAAAGCUGUCGAAAAGAAGCCACUUAGCCAUUCAUUAUUUCUUUGGUUAAUCACGAAAUUUAUUAACAAAAUUGUAGAUUUCAGUGAAAAAGGGGAGUUCGCUAUAGAGCGGAGAAGCUAUUAAAUUGUUGCCGUAAUGAAAAAAAAUCAGGGCUGGCAGAAUGUUAGAAAUAUCUUCAAAAUGUACACCUUUUAUUCGACCGUGACACUCUUGGCCAAGUUGCGUGGACAAUCAACGUCAAAUCCUCGCAGUGUCGCAAUGUGAAAGGAAAGCAGCUGGAGUGGAAUAAUGGCCAAGAUUCCUUGGAGACAGUCCACAGUAGACGGAAUCUCCAGGCAACGGAACGAGUUUUUC